CAGAACGAGCUUGAGCUGCUGCGCGUCCACGAGUCUCUCGCCAUAGAAAACAAAGCUAUCUGCGCGGCUCCCAUUAGGCUCCAGCCAAGUGAACCGAGCGCGGCUGUACCUGCAUGUAGACCGAAAACAGCGCUCCCAGACAUGGAUUUACAGCUCGCCUAAUGGCCUUCCACACCGGGGCCUGUCUGUGAGAGGGUUGGAGACGGAGAGCGGGGCGGAACGGGCGGAAAUAUCCCGGUUUUCUGCUUUACAGCGCGCUUUGUCUCGGCCAGCUUAGCGAAAGCCCGAGCAGCUAGCGUUCGGUUAUCACCGUCGUUUUCCAGCGCAGAGCUGCCCGGAGAGAGAGCGAGUCCGCCGGGGAGAGGAAGCCUCGCCAUGCCGCUCUCAGACGGGGUUUAUUAGAGAACAGGGGGCCGAGAACGAGUGCGGGGAUUCUCUACACAUUUUUCCAGCGGGUCUCGCCGAUUUUCUGCGCUUCAGGGAAACGCACGGACUGGCUGUUCGUCCUCGGAGUCAUGGCGGAGCAGAGCUACUCCUGGGCGUACUCCCUCGUCGACUCCAGCCAGGUGUCCACCUUCCUCAUCUCCAUCCUCCUCAUUGUCUAUGGCAGCUUCAGAUCGUUAAACAUGGACUGUGAGAAUCAGGAGAAGGACAAGGAUGGAAAUCCCACUGCCAACGGCUCCUUUAACAGCAACUCAAACAACAGUAUUCAGACCAUAGACUCGACGCAGGCUCUUUUCCUCCCCAUCGGAGCCUCCGUCUCUCUGCUUGUCAUGUUCUUCUUCUUCGACUCAGUCCAGGUGGUCUUUACCAUCUGUACUGCAGUUCUGGCGACCAUUGCGUUUGCAUUCCUGCUGUUGCCGAUGUGCCAGUACCUGACCAGGCCCUGCUCCUCACAGAACAAGAUAUCGUUCGGAUGCUGUGGGCGCUUCACUCUGGCAGAGCUUCUCUCCUUCUCGCUCUCUGUGAUGCUCGUCCUCAUCUGGGUGCUCACAGGACACUGGCUGCUCAUGGACGCGCUGGCCAUGGGUCUGUGUGUGGCUAUGAUUGCCUUCGUGCGUCUGCCCAGCCUGAAGGUGUCCUGCCUGCUGCUGUCCGGCCUCCUCAUCUACGAUGUGUUCUGGGUCUUCUUCUCAGCCUACAUCUUUAACAGUAACGUGAUGGUGAAGGUGGCCACGCAGCCGGCCGAUAACCCGCUGGACGUGAUCUCGCGUAAGCUGCACCUGGGCCCGGGGAUGGGCCGGGACGUGCCCCGCCUCUCUCUGCCGGGUAAGCUGGUGUUCCCCAGCUCCACGGGCAGCCACUUCUCCAUGCUGGGCAUCGGGGACAUCGUCAUGCCUGGCCUGCUGCUGUGCUUCGUGCUGCGCUACGAUAACUACAAGAAACAAGCCAGUGGAGAGGCGCCCGGACCCGCCAACAUGUCUGGCCGCAUGCAGCGAGUCUCCUACUUCCACUGCACCCUCAUCGGAUACUUCGUGGGUCUGCUGACGGCGACCGUGGCCUCUCGGAUUCACCGCGCGGCUCAGCCGGCUCUGCUGUACCUGGUGCCCUUUACCCUGUUGCCUCUGCUCACUAUGGCCUAUCUGAAGGGGGACCUGCGGCGCAUGUGGUCCGAGCCCUUCCACACCAAGUCCAGCAGCUCCAGGUUCCUAGAGGUAUGAUGCCCCCCGGCCCCGCACCUUCCAGAGCAACCUUCUCCAGGUCAGCGACAGGCAGCCUUCAGCCUCCCCCCAUCCCAACCCAACUCUGAGAAACAACGAGAGAGCACGAGAGAGAGAGCAUAAUAAAAAGAGGGGACCCUUUUACACUCGUCCUCUUCUCUUCUUUUUUUCCCCAUCUCUUUUUCUUCUUUUUUUGCUUCAUCCGUUCUGAUAAGGAAGGAUAUCAUCGUCGUACUGAUGAGGAAGAGCGAAGGAAGAGCUAGUUUUUGUGGACUUCACUGCCAGAUGGAUUCUACUUACUCAUCCUCACCUCGUCAACCUCUUCAACACUUUGAUCCCGCCUUCUUUGAUCCUCCUCCUCGUUCAUUCAUCUGUUCAUUCGUUUUCUUUCUCUCUUUUUCUAUUUCUCUUUAACGAUCUCUCAUUUCUUCUGUUUACUGAACUCUUACUGAACUGCGCUCUCUUUUCUUCUCUACCUCGUUUUCAUUCCACAUCUAAUUCUUUUCUUUCUCCAUCUCUCUCUCUCUUUCUCUCUCUCUUGUGUUUCACUUAACCUACAUCCUCUCUCUCUUUCUCUCUCUCUUUUUUUUCUCUCUCUCUCUCUCUCUCUCUCUCUCUCCAAUCCCUCCCCCCGAAAUCCUCUCAUUGCAUCAUUUCCUCAUCGGACUGAAAGGCCACUCCUUACUUGGACGUGUUUAUUAUUGGACAAAACCUGAGCUCUUUGAGCUUUUCGGUGAUCUUUUUUCCCCCCAGUUUUCCCGUAUUUGGCAUCGUUAUGGAUCUACGGACUACGAGAAUUAUGUUUGUGUGUUUUGUUUUUUUCUCUCGAACCAUGAACGCUGAACACGAACGCUGAGAAUUUCCCAGCACAGAACAGUGAUGACCCCAAUCGGGACCAGCACAGGCGUCGUCGUGACAGUGACAGUGUGACAAUGACUAUGAUGAUGAUGACGUCGUCAACGUAGACGGCGACAGUGACGACGACAAGGCCACAGACGCUCCUUCUCACUUUUUUCCUGUCUUUUCUUCUUCUUCCUCUUCCUCCUCCUCUUCCUCUUCUCUUUGCUCCUCCUCUUGCUCUUGUCUGUAACACCCUCCUCAAAACUCAUUGGCUCCUAGGCCUCUUUUCCCAAUCGAAAAAAGAAAAAAAACAACGCAGCCCCUCCCCUCCUUUCACCUUUCAAUCUUCCCGCCCCUUUUCCCCUGUUUCUCCCUCUUUGCAGAUACGUGUAUUUUAUUUAGAAAGAUUUUAUUCUUGGCAUAUACAGAAAUGAUGAUACGUUAUAAAAUUCGAGUGUGCCCUCGCCUUUCGGACGGGCACUUAGCUCUAUGUAUAUAUGUGUACACAUGUAUUAGGGUUAUCAUGUUGGGGUUGCGCAAGUGUGUAUGCUUUCGUAUGUAUGUAUAAAUGUGUGUGUGUGUAUGAAUGAGUGCGUAUGUAGUAUGAAUAGGUGUGUAUGAUGUAUGAAAUAGAGUGUGAGUGUGUGUUUGUGUGUUUUUGUAUGUUUUUGGGCUGGUUUUGGUUUUGUUUUUUGUGGAGGACGACGAAUACAUUAUUCUGGGUUCAAAUCCUCUCCCCAAGCCCCGCCCCCUUUUUUUUUUUUGUUCUUUUUUUCUUUUCUUUUUUUUUCCCCCAUUUUAAAAACAUGGGAUUGUAGUCUGGUGGAAUGUGUUUUCUGUGUGUCAGGCUGGCAAAAGUGAUGUCAACCCCACACACUCUGAAUCACUCACACCCGUUUGGGUUUGUACACGGCCCGGUUGGGUCGCGAACCGUUGCUCAGUGACUCCAGAAGUCAGUCUGUGGCACUUUUUUUUUCCAGCUCUGGAUUUGCUAUAUUGGCACAGGUUACCCAAAACAAGCAAGGGAACGACUAAAGGGUGGCACACCUGUAAGGUGCCAGUCUUGAGACGGAGGUUUUAGGGCUACUGAAGAGAGAAGUGUGUAAGUAUUUGUGUAUAAGUGUGUGUGAGUACGUGAGACCGUGUGAGUGAGGGUGUUUUCACAUCUGAAGGUCCAGAUCAAAGACUGAUCCAAGCUUUGUGUGUUUGUUACAUUGUAAAGUCUUAAUUUAGUGACUGUUCAGCGCAUUAAAGGACUUCACUACA